GUGCGAACGGGUCAGAAGCGUAGAGGCGGCGGCAAAAUGGCGGCGCCUGAGGAGCGGGAUCUAACCCAGGAGCAGACAGAGAAGCUGCUGCAGUUUCAGGUUGCUGUUUGAACAACUGGGCAAGGAUGGCAUGGACAGAGAGAAAACUAAAGGAGCUUUGUGUUGUCUCUGAAGAAAGAAGUGAUCUCUUUUCUGCUUGUAUAGGAGAUCUGACUGGCAUAGAAUCUAUGGAUCAGUGCCGCCAUACCUUGGAACAGCAUAACUGGAACAUAGAGGCUGCUGUACAAGACAGACUGAAUGAACAAGAGGGCGUACCAAGUGUUUUCAACCCACCUCCCUCCCGACCCCUACAGGUUAAUACAGCUGAUCACAGGAUCUACAGCUAUGUUGUCUCAAGACCUCAACCAAGGGGACUGCUUGGAUGGGGUUAUUACUUGAUAAUGCUUCCAUUCCGGUUUACCUAUUAUACGAUACUUGAUAUAUUUAGGUUUGCUCUUCGUUUUAUACGGCCUGACCCUCGCAGCCGGGUCACUGACCCCGUUGGGGACAUUGUUUCAUUUAUGCACUCUUUUGAAGAGAAAUAUGGGAGGGCACACCCUGUCUUCUACCAGGGAACCUACAGCCAGGCACUUAAUGAUGCCAAGCGUGAGCUUCGCUUUCUUCUGGUUUAUCUUCAUGGAGAUGACCACCAGGACUCUGAUGAGUUUUGUCGCAAUACACUCUGUGCACCUGAAGUCAUUUCACUAAUAAAUACUAGGAUGCUCUUCUGGGCAUGUUCUACAAACAAGCCUGAAGGAUACAGGGUCUCACAGGCUUUACGAGAGAAUACCUAUCCAUUCCUGGCCAUGAUUAUGCUGAAGGAUCGGAGGAUGACUGUGGUGGGGCGGCUAGAAGGCCUCAUUCAACCUGAUGACCUCAUUAACCAGCUGACAUUUAUUAUGGAUGCAAACCAGACAUACCUGGUGUCAGAACGACUAGAAAGAGAAGAAAGGAACCAGACCCAGGUGCUAAGACAACAGCAGGAUGAAGCAUACCUGGCCUCUCUCAGAGCUGACCAGGAGAAAGAAAGGAAGAAGCGGGAGGAACGGGAGCGGAAGCGACGGAAGGAAGAGGAGGUGCAGCAACAGAAGCUGGCAGAGGAGAGACGGCGGCAGAACUUGCAGGAGGAAAAGGAAAGGAAGUUGGAGUGCCUUCCUCCUGAGCCUUCCGCAGAUGACCCUGAAAGUGUCAAGAUCAUUUUCAAAUUACCCAAUGAUACCCGAGUAGAAAGACGAUUCCAUUUUUCACAGUCUCUAACAGUAAUCCACGACUUCUUAUUCUCCUUGAAGGAAAGCCCUGAAAAAUUUCAGAUUGAAGCCAAUUUUCCCAGGCGGGUACUACCCUGUGUUCCUUCAGAGGAAUGGCCAAACCCCCCUACGCUGCAAGAGGCGGGACUCAGCCACACAGAAGUUCUCUUUGUUCAGGACCUAACAGACGAAUGACACUUUUUCUUCCUCUUCCCUCCCACACCCCAAUCCCUAAAAGAAAUGAAAAAAACAAAACAAAAAAGAGAGAUAUUCAUAUUAUUAUUAUAAUACAAUAUUUUUUUUAAAAGACUGCUGCAUCCUAAGGAAGAGUCAGAAACCAUGCUGCCUGCAAGAGCAACGACCUGUGCGUGCGCAAGGCUAGCAGUGAAAGUACCCUCUCCACCCCUCCCUACAGCCUCCUCACCGCACACCUUCAGUGAACAGAGACUCUUCACCUCCAGCCCAUCCAUUGUUCCAGUUGGGGUAGGGGACAUUCCCACUACUUUUAUUCAUUCUUACUUUUAUGGCAAAUGAAAGUGAAAAACCUCCAUCAACCAGCUACAGCUGCAUCUCCUGCGGACUUCCUUCUCGCACCUCUUGAGAAGAGGGGAAAGAGAAAGCACAGAUCAGGGAUGUUCCUUGAACUGCCCUAUGAAUAAUUUUAAUUGUUUAUGUUGCUUUGUAAUGACCAAAGGAAUGAGGCUGACACAGGUAUAUUUUUUCCUUAACUUUAUUUCAUAAAAGCCAAUUCUUAAACCCAUGAGUUCAUGCCAUGGGCUCCUUAGCCCACAAUAGUGUAAUAAAGGUGGCCAGGCUGGUUUGUGCUUAUUUUUGCCAUUGCCCCUCUCGUAUUCCUAGAGAGGUCAUGUUGGUCCAACUCUUGCUGUCUUUUCUUACCACCUGUGCACCCCACUUGGACCAGUGGAAGGAAAUCUGAGUUUGUAGCCUCACAAAGGCUGUGUGGACAGAUUAUACCCAUGUAUGUGGUAGACACAUUCACCUUUACACAUAACUGCAGUUUUCCGUGGAACAGUACCAAGUGGUGGUGAAAGGGUUUGAACCAAAGGAUGGCAGCUCUUCAUUCCUCUUCUGACAUGUGCAUGCUGUGCAGCUUUCCCCAACUGCCACGCUUGGUGCCUUUGCAACGUACUGGGAGAACCAGCAAUGGAGCCAGCAGAACCAUGUAAGAAUGCCCUCCCUGCCUUCCCCAAUCAGUGUGUUUAAGAAUAGAAAGAACCAGAGGCCUUGAAGGGAAAUAAGACGGGACUCCCAGCCUGCAUUAGCUGCAUUUCACUUUUGACACAGCAACUGCCAGAAGCCUUUUCAUCCUUUUGCCCUGUUGCUGUGUUGAAGUAAUAGGAUGUCCUUUUUUUUCCCUUUUACCUCUGGAUGCCGGGUCUGUGAUUGAGUUUAUGGUAAUGUGUACAUGGGUCAAGUCAUGUAUUAACAGAUGCCAGUGUGUGCUGACAAGUAUUCCAUUGAGUCCCGUAGCUAGACUGGUGCAAGGCUUACAUUCUGCAGCCUUCUGAAAUCACUGUGGUUGCUAGCAUGCUGUGAAGGCAAGGGUGUUUGGGUCAUGAUAAAGCAUGACUUGCUAGGGUUUUUUUGUUUGUUUUUUUUUGACUUGCUAGCUUUUGUCAUCUCCAGCGGCUUUCUUUUAUUUAACUAAAACCUAAAGACCACUCUUUGGUAGCAGUAGUACACUAACUGCUCUCUGCAGCCUCAGUUAUUAUCAGGAAAAUACCAUGUGGCAGAAGGAGGCGCCUCGUGAAUAUGACCUGAUCUGGGGAGCCUGAGAAUUUCCCACUGUCUCUAGGAAAAGUUAGUUCUGUUCCUGGCUGCAUGUGGUUCUUGGUUUUCUGCUCUCCCAGGGCCACCUGGGUGGAAACUCACACCUUGAUGUUGUCAUAAGAACGUGUCUCAAAUGAACUACAUGUAAAUCAUGUUCUCCACUCAACCCUAAAAUGACUACCACACAAGAGGAAUUUUUCCUCUUAAGCCUCCCCCAUUUGCAAUUCACAGCUCUUUCCCUGGCAGCUCUGUACAGGAGGGUGUGAAGGACCUUCAACAGGCUGGCCGUACAGAGUCUCUUGCCCAAAUAUCCUUGGGGGAUUAUGGGGUUUAUUUCUCCCCUUAACUCAAUCUGGUUCUAUAAUGUGCACUUUAUUCUUUCUGCCUUUUGAUGCCUGUUGUUCAGCAAAGGAGGUCAGAUCCAAGUAUAUUAAGACAACUUUUUCGGUACAACUCUUGGGACAGUCUGCCCAUUUACUGUAGGUUUCAAGAGGCUUCAACUGAAGCACAUGCCCCUCUAGUUCCUUUUGCAAUAGUUCUGCUUUACUUAGGUCUUAUGCUUGUCUCAUUGCUGCCCCUACUGCUGCUGCCUGGGUGCCGUUUUCCUUCCUCCUAGGUGUGAUAUGGGCUGCACAUUUUGUCACUUAAUGCCAGUACAAUCUGUGUUACUCCCAAGGACCUCUGGGAGCUUGACGGGACCUGCAAGGGGAAAAAAAGAUGCUGAGAAGCCAGCAGUCUGCAAGCAUUUGCUCUUGUUUCCAGAUCACCUCUGAGAUAUUUCAGCUGUUGAUUCCAGAUGGCAAGUCAUCAACAAAAACACUUGUUUCAAGUUUUGUUCUACACUCCCAAAACUGAAGUUGUAGAGUCAGCUGAAUCACCAUGGGAAAUGACCAAGCAAAGAUACCCAAUUGGGGUCAGUUGAAUUUUUGCAGCCUCAGUGGGACCUUUCUGGUCUUUCUUUCACUUCUGCAGAAUUUCCUGCAGUAAAUAUUCCUUUCUCCUUGCCUCCAUCAUGAGAUAUGGAGAAGAGAUGGCUGGAGGAGAAUAUGUCUAAAAAACUAAGAACCUAGAAACUUCAACUGAGCAGUUAUUAUGAAAAUUGCUAAUGGUGCCAAGGCCCAGGAAAGAGUUUCAGACAGAAAAUGACUGAGAAAGAGUGAUAACCCCAGGAUGCAAAAUCAGGGGAAUAUUGUCACCUGGUGCUUGAACAAGGAGCUUCAUCUUAAAGUUUUUUUAGGACUUGUGAGGAACGCAGCAACAGAAAAUCCAUCCACGAAGGAUGCAGUGCCCCAACUUGUACUGCACCUAAAUAGUUACGUGAUAAUUUCCUGAAGAAAUCUAGUGUACUUAAAAUUUUUUUCAUAAAGGUUUACAUUGUAUUGUAGGUUAACAUUAAAUGUUUUAUAACAAAAAAUUCA